AUGGAAUCUGCUUUCACGCAGUGUUUCCCCAGUGAGUUCAUCUGCUCCAUCUGCAAGGACAAUUUCACAGACCCUGUCACCAUUAGCUGUGGGCACAGAUUUUGUACUCCUUGCCUCUGUCUCUUGUGGGAAGAUGCCCAGACAGCUACUUGCUGUCCUGUGUGCAAGGCAAUAUCUCCGAAAAUGGACUUCAAAAGCACUAUUCUUGCUAAGGAGCAUAUUCUUCCUACCAGAGAAUCAGUUGUCUGCCAGUUACCUAGCUCUGCCAAGCAGAUGUGUAGGAUACACCAAGUGGUAAAGCUCUACUUCUGUCAAGCUGACACGAGCCUGCUGUGUUUGUUCUGCUCUCAUUCCCCAGAGCAUGCCGCGCAUGAACACUAUCCAGUAAAGCAGGUUGCAGAGCACUACAGGGAGAACCUUCUGAUGCAAAUGAAGUCUAUUUGGAAAAAGAAAAAAGAAAAUCAGAGCAAUAUAAAAAAAGUGACCAACAUAUUCAGAGUAUGGGAGGGUUUUGUAAAUCUACGGAUGGUGAUGAUAGGAGCUGAAUACCCUAAGGUAUAUCAAUAUCUCCAGGAAGAAAAGCAAAAACAUUUAGAGAUGUUGGCAAUUGAAGGCAAGAUCGUUUUUCAGCGACUCAGGAGAAAUGUAGCCAGAAUGGUUCAUAUGGGGAAACUCCUGAGAAGAGUAUAUGAGGAGCUGAAGGAACUGUGCCUUAAAGCAGAUGUGGACAUGCUCCAGGGUGUGGGAGACACAAUGAAAAGGAGUCACUUAAUGCAGCUGUACAUUCCUCAGCCUAUGGACCCACAGCUCAGUACAUGGGCCAUCACUGGGAUGUUGGAAAGGCUUAACAGCUUCCGAGUGUAUGUUACGUUGGAUCAUAAAAUAAGAAAUUGUCAUGUGGCUCUGACUGAAGACCUGAGACGUUUGCAGUGCAGUCCUGACCAUCAAGACGUGCCCCGUAAUCCAGCAAGUUCAGAGAAUACUCCUUCGUGGGGCGCUCAGACCUUCACCACUGGCAAACAUUACUGGGAGGUGAAUGUGGGAAACUCUCGUAACUGGAUUAUAGGACUUUGCAAGGAAUCCUGGACAAGUAGGAAUGAUAUGCUACUUAACUCUGAGGAUAUUUUUCUACUUCUGUGUGUCAGCGCGGAGGACCAUUUCAGUCUCUUUUCCACCUUCCCACUCUUACCCCACUAUGUUCAAAGACCCCAGGGCUGGAUAGGGGUGUUUCUGGAUUAUGAAUGUGGUAUAAUAAGCUUUAUUAAUGUUGCCAGAAGUUCCCUCAUUUGUAAUUUCCUCUCACGCUCUUUCUCUUUCCCUCUCAGACCUUUCAUUUGGUGUGGACCCAAAUGA